UUCAUUCACGUAUUAUUUCUCUCUAUUUUUUUUUUGUAUUUUGGCAGGCUUUAGAGUUCAAACGAGCGUGUGUACGAUCUGCUUCCUCGUGUGUGGCAUAGUGGUUUUCAUGUCGAUGUUCGAACGUUGGUUUUUGUACCGAUCAAUGGAAGUAACGGCUUCACCAGGUCAUUGGGUAUUCGGAAACCAAAACUCGACUGACAGACGACCGAUUCUCCAGAAUAGCAUGAAUGAAGAAGCAGAGACUAGCGGGACUUCUAUCAUCAGAGAAGAACCAAAUUCAUCUCCAAGCAACGUCAAGCUUCAAGCCUACCGUCACUUUAAUAUUGUUGGUACCAAGAGCCUGGUUGAACGACCUGUUACGAUCUCAGGUUACGAUCUCAAAGAAUCCAUGAUCGACCACCCCGACGGCAGAUUCAUGUCAUGUGGACAAAAUUCCCACAUGUUGACUUUCAAGCCGAAUGCAGGAAGAGAUCGGUUUAACUUUAUCCGAACAAAGAGUUUCGUUUACCCUGGUUACGGGAAUCGUGUACCGCAAGGACAUGAGCAUGAGAUCGUAGCCAUAGCAACACACCCGACGAUGGGGCGCCAUAUCUCUAUUCUUGGGCGCAGCGACAUCGUAGAGGACAGAACAGAACAGCCGCCCAGAUUUGGCCUCCAUUGCAGCCACGCAAUCGCGUUCUCCCCAAUCUGCAGUGGCGGGGCGCUGUCUCCUGCUACAGACCCAGACGACACAACCUGGGCCAGCUCCAGUCUGGAGGCCAGUCCAAUGGGGGAAACUGUGGUGUGAUGUUGGUGUGAUGGUGGUAUGAUGUUGGU